AUGAGAAGAAGCUUAGAGAAAACCAGCCUAAUUGAGAUCUUGAAGAUAAAAUGAAUAAAAUUCAAGAAUGUGAAAAAUUUUCAGGAAUAUUUUUUUGAUGGAUUUAGUAUUGCUCUUACUCAUCAUUUUAUAAUUUCAUCUUUUAAUAAUUUUGGAAUGGCAAAGCCACUAAAUAUUUUCCUUGAGCUUUGAGUAAUAAGAGUGUUUAUUUAA